UAGCAGUAGUGUACUCUCUCUCUCUCUCUCAUCUGUUUGACCACUCUCUGCUGCUCUGCAUCUCUCUCGAGCAACCCGUUUGUCUCCAUUUCCCCUCUCUUCCCCUGUUCUCAAACCACAUUCCCCUGUCCUCUCUCUCUUUCUCAGCCAUGAACACCACCGGCAAAGAAAAGCUGGUGGUGGAGGUGGUGGCGGCCCACAACCUGAUGCAGAAAGACGGGGAGGGCUCCUCCUCCCCGUUCGUCGAAAUCGAGUUCGAGAACCAGAGACAGCGCACCCAGGUCAAGUACAAGGACCUGAACCCCAUCUGGAACGAGAAGCUGGUGUUCCACAUAAACUCCGCCGAGGACCUCCCUUACCGGACCAUAGAGGCCAACGUGUUCAACGAGCGGAGGUCGAGCAACAGCCGGAACUUCCUGGGCAAGGUGAGGGUGCCGGGGUCGAGCGUGGGGAGGGAAGGGGAGGAGGCGGCGCCGGCGCAGCUGUUCGGGCUGGACAAGAGGAGCUUGUUCUCGCACGUGAGGGGGGAGCUGAGCUUGAAGCUGUAUCUGUCGAGCAGGGAGGAGGUGGUGAAGGAGGUUUUGAUGGGGAAUAAUGGUGGGGGGGUGAGUAGUAGUAACCUGGUUUUCUCGGCGAAGAAGAGCAAGAAGGGGAUGGGGGUGAGCAACCAGCAUCAUUUGGGGAUGGAGGGUAAAAUGGGCAAUCAGAAUCUGAAUCAGCAGAUUCUCAAACAAGGAGAGCAAAACCCAGGUGAUAUCAAGCCUGUUAUCAUCACCAGUGGCCAUGGUCCUGUUAUCCCCACCGCUGGUGGCGGCGGCAUCAUGCGUGGCUCAGCCGGUGGUGGCCUCGGUGUUUUCUCAACUGGGUCAACCGAGUUUUCCCUGAAGGAAACAAGUCCCCACCUCGGCGGGGGUCCCUCAAACAAGGACUCAACCUAUGACCUUGUGGAGCAAAUGCAGUAUCUCUAUAUCCGUGUGGUUAAAGCCCGCGAUAUCUCGGUGUUCGGUGGCGGUGAACUGGUGGCGGAGGUGAAAUUGGGGAACUAUAGAGGAAUCACGAAAAGAGUCGGUUCAAAUCAUCCUCAAUGGGACCAAGUUUUCGCCUUUUCGAAAGACUCCGUACAAUCAUCGAUAGUGGAGAUCUUUGUGAAGGAGAAUAAUAAAGAUGACGACUUGGGCCGCGUUUGGUUUGAUUUAAAUGAGGUUCCGAAACGGGUUCCACCCGAUAGUCAGUUGGCUCCGCAAUGGUACAGAAUGGAGGAUAAGAAAGGGGAGAAAUCGAAGGGGGGAGAGGUUAUGGUUUCGAUUUGGUUCGGGACUCAGGCAGAUGAAGCUUUUGCUGAAGCUUGGCAUUCAAAAGCAGCCAAUGUGCAUUUUGAUGGGCUAUGUUCUAUUAAAUCAAAAGUUUAUCUGUCACCGAAGUUAUGGUAUUUGAGGGUCUCAAUCAUUGAAGCUCAAGAUAUUGUUUUUGGGUCGUCAAUGGUGAAGUACCCGGAACUUUCUGUGAAAAUCCAAGUUGGGAAUCAGGUUUUGAGGACUAGAAUUGCCUCCACAACAUCGAACCGGACCUUUUCUAACCCUUUAUGGAAUGAGGAUUUGGUGUUUGUGGUAGCAGAACCGUUUGAGGAUUACUUGUUGGUUUCAGUUGAGGACCGGGUUGCCCCAACCCGGGAGGAAGUUCUUGGCAGAAUGCUUCUUCCAGUGACAUCGAUUGAGAGGAGAUUGGAUGAUAAACCGGUGAAUUCCAGGUGGUACAAUCUGGAUAUCCAUCAGUUCAACAAUGGGUCGGAUGUGAAAUCUGUGACGAGGUUCGGGUCUCGGAUUCAUAUCCGGGUUUCACUUGAUGGGGGUUACCAUGUGCUUGACGAAUCGACUUUGUACAGCAGUGAUCUUAGGCCCACUGCGAAACAGCUUUGGAAGCCCCAUAUUGGGGUUCUUGAAAUGGGGAUUUUGGGUGCUACUAAUCUGAUGCCGAUGAAGGUGAAGGAAGGGAAAGGAGGAGCCACUGAUGCUUAUUGUGUGGCGAAAUACGGGCAGAAAUGGGUCAGGACCCGGACCGUGGUUGAUAGCUUGUCACCCAAAUGGAAUGAGCAGUACACUUGGGAAGUGUUUGACCCGUGCACUGUGAUAACAAUUGGGGUGUUUGAUAAUUCAAGGGUUGACAAAAGUGCCAACAACGCCACAGGUAGAGACUCUAGGAUUGGAAAAGUUAGGAUCCGGCUUUCAACCCUUGAAUUUGAUCGGGUUUACACCCAUUCCUAUCCCCUCCUAAUGUUGCAUGCCUCUGGUGUGAAGAAAAUGGGGGAGCUUCAUUUGGCGGUGCGUUUCUCGUGUGCUAAUAUGAUGAAUGUGCUUCAUAGUUAUGCAAGGCCGUUGCUACCCAAGAUGAAUUAUGUCCAUCCCUUGUCGGUGAACCAAUUGGACAACUUGAGGCACCAAGCGAUGAACGUGGUGGCGGCAAGGCUCAGUCGAGCUGAGCCACCAUUGGGGCGGGAGGUGGUGGAAUACAUGCUCGAUCACGACUCUCACAUGUGGAGUAUGAGGAAAAGCAAGGCUAACUUUUUCCGGCUCAUGAAUGUUCUAUCUAGUGUGUUUGCCAUUGGGAGGUUUGUGGAGGCUAUUCAGAGUUGGCAAAAACCGGUUUAUUCAGCCUUGUUUGUGAUUUGUUUCGUCAUUCUUGUUUUUGUUCCGGAGAUCAUAAUCCCGUUCGUGUUGAUUUUCAUGGCUUUAGCUGGGAUUUGGCGGUUUAAAUCACGACCUAGGAACCCGCCUCACAUGGAUACAAGACUAUCGUACGCGGAGGGGGUCCACCCAGACGAGCUGGACGAGGAAUUCGACUCGUUUCCCACUAGCCGGAGCGCGGAGAUCGUUCGGAUGAGGUAUGACAGGCUGAGGAGCGUGGCGGGGAGGAUUCAGACGGUGAUCGGUGACAUGGCGACACAGGGCGAGAGGUUCCAGGCGCUGCUGAGUUGGCGCGAUCCUCGGGCGACGUUUCUGUUUGUGAUCCUUUGCAUUGUUGCUGCAUUUGGGUUCUAUUUGGUGCCUAUCAGGUGGGUAAUUGCACUCUGGGGUUUGUAUUUCCUGAGGCCACCUAAGUUCAGGAGCAAGCUGCCUUCUAAAGUGGUGACAUUUUUCAAGAGGCUGCCCACCAAGGCUGACAGCAUGUUGUAGGGCUUAGUUACAAUUUAGGGUUUGAAUAGUUAGGGACUCAGGAGGUACCUUUUUUUUGUUGGUAGUUUUGGAUGCCCUUUAAUGUUUUUGUUGUGGUUUGCCUCAAUUCAGUCUUGUAAUCUAUGUCUAGGAUACUUCUUUUGAAUAUCUUUUAUGUUUCCCCCUAGUGUUGUGGAA